AUGUCUUACCCUGCCGUUCUAGUCCCAGCUGGGGGUACACCAGUGGACCACCUUUCUAUACCAAGACGACCGACACACAACCCACAUGAGAUGGCAUUUCUAGGCCAAGAGCUUACAUUCGAUGGCGGGUCCUUUAUCGGAUACCCAUCUCGCAAAGGCUGGGCAGAGAAAGAUGUCUAUGAAUCUGGUAGCUCUGGAAAAAGUCGGGAAGAGAUUGUGGGAUUCUUUCAAAUUUUGUUCUUCUGGGGACUUUUGGAAGACACCUUACGAAUUCGAAUCCAUGAGUCCAACCUCGCUAAGGAAAAUGCACUCGGUCAGCAAGUUAUCUCAACUCGAGACCUCCCUGGUCUCGUGCAAAGAUGGUACGACCGCGAGCAGUAUCUUUCAGUCAAGGCACAAACAAAGCAUGCAAAAAGGGUCAAUAAGAACCUUUGGCAUAUGUGUAAUAUUUUGAGUUGGUGGGACCUCUACGGAAUUCCCCCUUUCGACCAGUCGGACCUUUUGUAUCUUGUUAUGUUUGGAGAGUAUUUGCAAACAUCAUACAAGACUAGUUACGGCUUGUUUUAUGCAAGUAUGCUCGAACCGCCCAACUACAAACACCAUUCCCGUAAUACGGCAAUGCCUGCAUCCAUGGCUAGCGAAGACUCAAAUCAUACUCCGGUAACUUUUGGCCUGCAUAGCGACCUGCCGCCUAGUCACUCCAACUGUUCUGACUUUUCAUGUUCAGCACAUGAAAUAGACCUCGAAACAUAUAAAACAAGGCAUACACGUGCCGAUUGCACUUGUGCGCAAAUUGAGACAAAUGUCUCAAAGCUCUGCCAGAUCCUUGAUGGAGGCCAGGUUCCUGUCGUUUAUCUGAAUAGUGGUAUUCAUUUGGUACCAGCCAAGUCCGUUGACAGAUACGUUGCCAUUUCCCACGUAUGGUCAGAUGGACUUGGCAACCCCCACACCAAUGACUUACCGCAGUGUCAAUUUGAACGCAUUGCCUUCCUUGUCAAGAACCUUUAUCCUCGACUGAAUGGUAUUGGGAACACUGAUAUUAUAGGUGAUAUGGCGCUAUAA